AAAUCAUCAAAUCAAAUAUUUUAAUAAAUGAAAAUAACCACCCAUCGACCCAACCCCCGUUAAUUCACCUCUCUUCUUCUCAAUUCUCAAACCCAUGUUUCGAUUUCUCCAUUCAAUCCAUUCCAUAAUUUUACUUUACUUGGAAAUCCCCAAAGUAAUCUUGAAAAUUACAAACAUGGGAAAUGGCUGCUGCACUAAGAGCAAAAUCAUCAAGAACUACGUCAUAUUUCACUCAGUCAGAUUCUCUGUACUCGAUCACAUACACACUGUCCGUACAGCCAAUUAUUUUGACAAGGGUUGUGAUAUUUUUGAGUAUUUGGAAGGGUUUGGUAGCCUCCUGGUCAUGAUAUUGUGUUAGGCCUGGUGUAGAAUUUGUGGAAGUGCCUGAUAAAGACAAGUAUUGAGGAAAAUCUAAUAUGGGUAAUAGCUUUUCGACCCCGAAAGAGGUUUGGAGAGGCCUUGAUAAGUUUGUCAUUGGGCAGGAAAGAGCUGAAAAGGUGUGGUUGCAGGCACUAGCUGUUGCAGUCUAUAACCAAUUAACCACUAUAAAAGGAUAUUCAGGGACCCUUUGGAAAAUUGUCCAUUCAGACAAAGGAGUUGCCUGCCUAUCCAUAAUCCAUUGCCAGUGAGGUCUCUCUGUCUACUGCCACUACUCCAAAGGCUGAAAUGAAAAGGGCACUUUUACAGGCGGAAGAAGACAUCAGUAACACCAAGAACUAUAUGUAUGAUAUACAUGAGUUAGGUCUGACAAUCAAGCAGCAUGAAGACCAUAUUAAGUUAUUGAGGACUCGAAAAAACAUCUUAGCAGAUUCCAUUCUAGACAUGCAAGUUGCUACUGGGAAGUAUUAUACAGCUACAGAAUCUGUGACCGAAAAAGAGGACACUCAAAUUGAUGAAGGAACUUCUGAACAUUUAAAUGGACUUUUAUGCCAGCUAAAAGCUCAUAUUGAAUAUGCGGUUUCUCAUAAUCCACUAGUGAAGGAUGUACUUGGCAUUGUAGCUACACUUGGCAAUGUACACGAUGAAAACCUUAGCAGGCUUCUUGGUGAGUACUUGGGGACAAAGGCCAUGUUUGCAGUUGUUUGCAAGACUUUAGAUGGGGUUAAGGCUUUAGAGUCGUAUGAUGAAGGUGUGUUAAAUACGGAUUCUGACCUUCAUGGGAUUGGAUCUUCUCUAGGACGUAUCUUAAAGGGGCGAUUUCGCGUCAUUUGUCUCGAGGAUUUAAGACCAUAUGAUGGCGAGUUCAUAGCUGGCGACCUGCAAAGGAGGCUUGAUCUUCUUAAGCCCAAAUUGCCUGGUGGAGAAAUUCCACGUGGCUUUGUUGGAUAUGCUGUGAAUCUGGUUAAUGUUGAUAACAAGAACUUAUUCUGUGUCACAACCUCUGGCCAUGGCCUUCGAGAGACUCUUUUCUAUAAUCUCUUUUCGCAUCUGCAAGUUUAUAGAACUAGGGAAGAUAUGCAGCAAGCUCUUCCCUUCAUAACCGAUGGUGCUGUAUCUCUGGAUGGUGGAAUAAUAAGGACUCCUGGUGUUUUUGACCUUGGCGAUAGGGAAGCACAAGUGAAGUUCCAGAGGAUCUCUGGAAAGUCGAGUUUACCUGAGAGCUUCUACAAGAUUGAAAACAGUUUAGAGAGCAAAAUUCGUGAUCAGGAAAGCUUGCUAGCUAAUAUUUGUCAAACGCAAUCGCUUUUGGACGAGGCCAAGUCCAACUAUGAAAUGAAAAAGGGGGACUUUCUCCACUUCUUGGCACAAAGGUCACCGGCCCAGCCCCAGGAUAGUCCUACUAAGACCUAUGAGGAUGAUCUACAGAAAUUAGGUCUAAGAGUUAAGCAACAUGAAGACCAUUUAAAGUUUUUACGGACUCAGAUAAACAUCAUAAAAGGUUCCAUUCAAGAUCUGCAAGUUACUAUCAGGAAGCAUACAUCUACUGAAUCUGUGAGCGAAAACGAGGAUGCUCGAAGUGAGGAAGGAACAUAUGAACAAUUAAUUCAGGAAAAAUCUGCUGCUGGACUUAUAUGCCAGCUAAACGCUCUUCAUGAAACUCCGGUUUCUCAAAAUCCAGUAGUGAAGGAUGUACUUGGCAUUGUUGCUACCCUUGGCAAUGUAGAUGAUGACAACUUUAGCAGGCUCCUUGCCGAGUACUUGGGGAAAAAGGUUAUGCUGGCACUUGUUUGCCAGACUUUUGACGGGGUUAAAGCUCUGGAGGCAUAUGAUGAAGGUGGUGUUAUAAAUAGAAAUUCCGGUCUUCAUGAAAUUGCAUCUUCUAUUGGACGCACUUUAGAAGGGCGAUACCACGUCAUAUGUCUCGAUGAAUUGACACCAUAUGCUGGCAAUUUUUUACCCGAUGACCCACAAAAGAGGCUUGAUCUUCUAAAUCCGGAAUUGCCAGGUGGAGAAAUCCCAUUUGGCUUCAUCGGAUAUGCUGUAAAUCUGGUCUUUAUUGAUUACCAAAAUGUAUCCUGGGUCACGACCUCUGGCCAUGGCCUUAGAGAGACUCUCUUCUAUCAUCUAUUCUCGCACCUGCAAGUUUAUAGAACCAUGGAAGAUAUGUGUAAGGCCCUCCCACUCAUAAAACAUGGAGCUGUAUCUUUGGAUGGUGGAAUAAUAAGGAGUCCUGGUGUUUUUGACCUUGGCGAUUGGGAAGCACAAGUGAAGUUCCAGGGGAUAUCUGGAAAAUCGAGUUUACCUGAGAACUACAAAAUCAAAAGCAUUUUAAAGGGCAAAUUUUGGGAGAAGAAAAGGUUGCAAAAUGAUAUUCGUAGAGAGCAAUCGUUUUUGGACCAGGCCAUGGACAACUUAGAAAUUAAGAAGAGAGAGUUUGUCCGCUUCUUGGCACAAGAUUUUCAGUAAUUCCACUGCUCAGCAGCAGCAGCAGCAGAGUCCAACUGGUCGAGGGAGAGUUACCCCGAGAAGAAACAAUUCGUCUCAGUAAUCUAUGAUCAUUGUGUGUAGAAGGAGGUUCUUGACUUGUCAGUAUAAUAGAUGUUUUCUCUGUUCACCAUAGAUUCCCGACUUUCUUGUCCCAUUUACUUCUUUGACAUCUGAAAUAUAGUCUCCUGAUCCCAAAUUGGGAUUCACCAAUAUCUCAAGCCCCGGAGCAAGGUUUUUUUUUUUUUUUCCCCCCUGUUGCUUAAAAUUGAUGUUUAAGAUUUUGGCGUUGUCAUGAUAAAAAGUGUUGGCAAAAAUUGGAUGAUUAUUUAGUAUUAUUUAUAAGUUUUUUGUGUUA